AUGACGAAGCCCAAGAGCAGCAAGGCGGCCAAAGUGACGUUCACGACAAGGGUCAACGAUGAGAAGACGGUGCGCGAGAUGGCGGUGUUUACGGGCAAGGGCUGGGAAGCGUGGCUCUCCUACGGUCUCGAAAUCUUCAACUUCUGCCAAUGGCAUGGCUACAACUUCGAGAUCGAGCACCACAUGCGCGAUCUCGAAGAGAGCCACGCUUCCCAGCCAGCCCUUGCCCAAGCAACAACGGCCUGCGUGGCAAGUCAGGUGUGGCUGGAAUACUGA